AUGAAGGGAGUUCUGCGUUUUGGGAAGAAAGGAAAACUUCAACCAAGAUUCAUUGGUCCUUUUGAAAUUUUGCAGAAAGUUGGGAAUGCAGCUUAUCGAAUCGCUCUGCCACCAGAUUUGUCAACGGUUCAUGAUGUGUUCCAUGUAUCGAUGCUUCGACAAUAUGUAUCAGAUCCAAGUCACGUGGUUAAUUAUCAACCAUUGGAUAUCAAAUCAAACAUGACAUACAAGGAAAAACCUGUAUCGAUAUUGGAUCGCAGAAUCCAGCGAUUAAGAACAAAGGAAAUUCCUUCCUUUGGGGCCAUUCAGUAUGGGGCCUUUGAUACUGGCGCCGCCCCGGGAAUUAGGAUCGGGUGGAAUACUAGAUAG